AUGAAACUUCGAGUUGGGACUGUCCUGCAGUUACUCGUUGUUGCAACUCGAGCUGCUUUCGUUCAGUACACCGUAGUGGAAGAGGAGGUGUGGAAUGGCUUGUUAGGAGAACCCGAUGUGAUCUGCAAAACCGACCAAAUCCUGCUGCAGUUUCUCACCGUACGCCCAUUCCAUGGACGAAUCUAUGUUCGUGGUCAUGCGGGCUCUAUUCCAUGCCAGAAGGACUUCUUCGACUCGAAGGAAAACACCAAUCCGAUGUUCGUCGUGCCACUCGACAAAUGCAGUACCAAGCGAAUGAGAACGGCGAACUCUACGGGCCUCACGUUCAGCAACACAGUAGUGAUCGGCUUCCAUCCAGUCUUCGUCACGAAACCUGACAAAGUGUAUAACGUGAGCUGCGUUUACCAGGAGUUUGAGCGAACUCUGAAGAACCAGAUGGACGUCAGUACUGUGACGCCGGAAACGAAACAAGAAAUCGCAGAAGUACCCGAGUGCAAAUACUCUCUUCGUUUGGGCAGCCUCACCGGGGUCGAGGUAGAAUUUGCCAAAGUGGGCGACCGCAUUUUUCAUGUCUGGGAAUGUAACAAAGGUAAAUCAGACCUUUUCAUGAUGCAAUUCAUGUGGUAUGCAGAGAAUGAAUUUUCAGACCAUUACAGAAUACUGGUGAAGAACUGCCGUGUGGAAGAUGGACAAAGCGAAAUAUUUGAAGUUAUCGAUGGAAUGGGGUGCUCUGCCGACGUUUCGUUGCUAACAGACGUAUCCUAUGUCCCCGGAAAAGCGUUGGCUUACGCUGAAUGCAGCGCGUUUAAAUUCGCUGACUUUUCCAGCAUGAAAUUUCAGUGCCGACUGGACAUCUGUCUGACUCCGCAAGACUCGUGUUACUUUACAUCGCCCCCUGUCUGCCACAGAACAAAGCGCAGCAUAACAAAAAGUUGGGUGACAGUGAAGAACAACGCGGAGAACCAGUCUGUCGCUGUCAACACACUGACCUUGCGGCGGGCGUUGAAAAUAAAGGAUCCAAGGCCGAAAGAAAUCGGUAAAAGUUCUCUCAUUGAUACAACUUUGCACUUUAAAAGUUUACCGAUGAAAUAUUAAAA